UAUAAUUCUGUAUGGCUCUGGCUGUAUCACCAUUCACCACCACAUCUAUACUGGAUCAGAGCUCCCUACAUUUCUAAUUACCCAAUUCAAGAAAAGUUAUGAUAAUAUGACCCCUCUAAUCUUCUUCUCUCUUUUAUUUGUAAAUCUUUUCUCCUUCUUCGCCUCCACAUCUUUUGGAGAGGUUUCUAUCUCCGUCACCCCAAAGACUGUACCAAAAUCCGGCGACUCAAUUACGAUCCGAUGGUCCGCCAUUGAUUCACCGUCGAAACUUGACUGGGUUGGGAUCUACUCGCCGCCCGAGUCGUCAAACAGAUACUUCAUCGGCUACUUCUUCCUUUCUUCUUCGCCUGAAUGGGAAUCCGGAUCAGGCUCCAUUUCAUUCCCGCUUAUCAACCUCCGGGCCAAGUUCCAGUUCCGGAUCUUCCGAUGGACCGACUCCGAGAUCAACCUGAAGCACCAAGACCACGACCAGAACCCGCUGCCCGGGACCAAGCACCUGCUGGCGCGGUCCGAGGAGAUCGGGUUCGAGCCCGGGCGGGGCCCCGAACAGGUCCAUCUCGCGGUCACGGGCCGGGAGGGUGAGAUGCGUGUCAUGUUCGUGACGCCUGAUGGGAAGGAGAAUUCUGUGAGAUACGGGUUGACCCGGGGGAAUCUGGAUCAUGUGGUGGGUACCGAGGUAGGGAGGUACGAGAAAGAGCAUAUGUGUGAUACUCCGGCUAAUCACAGUGUUGGGUGGAGAGAUCCUGGGUAUAUACAUGAUGGUGUGAUGACCAAUUUGACCAAAGGGAAGAGAUAUUAUUAUAAGGUUGGCAGUGAUGGAGGAGGUUGGAGCCCAACUUACUCUUUUGUGACUCCAGAUGGGGAGUCAAAUGAGACGGUAGCUUUCUUAUUUGGAGACAUGGGGACUGCGACUCCUUACACGACCUUUGUGCGUACCCAGAAUGAAAGUUUAUCAACAAUUAAAUGGAUUAGCCGUGACAUUGAAGCUCUCGGGGAUAAACCUGCUCUUAUUUCCCAUAUUGGAGAUAUCAGCUAUGCUAGGGGCUAUUCUUGGUUGUGGGACAACUUUUUCACCCAGAUAGAGCCUGUUGCAUCCCGAGUCCCUUACCAUGUUUGCAUCGGUAACCAUGAGUAUGAUUGGCUGUUGCAACCUUGGAAACCUGACUGGUCGAGCUUUGGAAAAGACGGGGGAGGUGAAUGUGGCGUGCCCUAUGGUCUUAGGUUCCAUAUGCCGGGAAAUUCAUCUGAACCGACUGGAAUGCUUGCCCCGCCUACCCGGAAUCUUUACUACUCGUUUGAUUUUGGACUAGUGCAUUUUGUGUAUAUGUCAACAGAAACCAAUUUCCUUAAAGGUAGCAGCCAAUAUAACUUCUUGAAGAAUGACUUGGAAUCAGUUGACAGGAAAAAGACCCCGUAUGUGGUCUUUCAAGGACAUAGACCGAUGUAUACUACGAGUAACGAAGUUAGAGAUGCCCCUACUAGGCAGAAAAUGGUUGAGCACCUAGAACCUCUUCUUGUCAAUAACAAUGUAACUCUUGCAUUGUGGGGUCAUGUACACAGGUACGAGAGGUUCUGCCCGAUGAACAACUUCGCUUGUGGAAGCCUAGGGUUGAAUGGGGGGCAGGCUUUCCCUGUACACGUCGUGAUUGGGAUGGCAGGACAGGAAUGGCAGCCCAUCUGGGAACCUAGACCAACCCACCCCGACCUCCCCAUUUUCCCACAGCCCGCUCGGUCCCUGUACCGUGGGGGUGAAUUCGGUUACACAAAACUCGUUGCAACAAAGGAGAAACUAGUAUUUUCUUAUAUUGGAAAUCACGACGGUGAGGUGCAUGAUGUAGUAGAAAUCCUGGCUUCAGGUCAAGUUCUUAAUGGUGAGGGUGGCGGAGAAAAUAACAAAGUCAAAGAACAAGAGGAGCUUAAGGCAAGAGGUGAGCCCGAGCCUGAGCCUGAGGCGAGAAAACAGACUGAUCCGACAUUAACAUGGCUUGCAAAAGAUGCCGGUUUACUAGUGCUUGGAAUUGUGAUUGGUUAUGUUAUCGGGUACAAAUCGCAUGCUAGGAAAGAUGCCACACUGGGUAAUAAUUGGACUCCUAUAAAGAAUGAGGAUUUGUGAUUUAUGAGUUUUGGAUUCUGUUCUGGCAUGGGACAAAUCUGGCAAUUGUGUUCACUCAGCGCAGUACUAUAUUGCUAUGUAGAGUUGUAAAUAUACACAUCACAUUGUAAUUUUCUUGUAGCAGUUGAGGUGAAAGCUGAAGCUCAUCAUGUGUACCAAACCAUUACUUUCUUAUACUAUAGAUUCUUGGUGCAAAGUAAUUAAAUAUA